AGCUUCUCUCUCUUACCGAAGCACUUUGCCAGUCUGUUCAGCAUGACUGAUACCAAUACCAGAUUUCCAUGGUUACCCGUGUAUUCUUUACAAAGAUUCUAGCAGAGGCCUAUAUGCGCUCACUCUGUUUGGUGGUUUCUGUGGUAACAAUACAGACCAGAACUGUUCCUCUCUAGGCUAACAUUCUGUUAGAGGCAAGCCAGAAAACAGUGGCCAUUAUAAAGGCUGGAGUGGGGAAUCUCAUGAUUCACUGCAGGCCAAGGAGGCUGACACAGCAAAUGCUCAACUGAACUUUGAUGAUAUUCCCUGCUAUGAGGUGAUGUUGGCUACAGCUGACUUUACAUCAUCCCGGAUCCCCAGCUCCGGCCCAGGCACACAGGCUGCCGCUGUCCAGACAGAUGCUUCGUAAAAAAUGGAAGCCUAGCGCCAGCAUUUGGGAUUUCCUACCAUCCUUGUAACGUCAGAGCUUAUGUCUUUUCAAAGAAGUUCUGGGUACUUGACAUUCUUUCGUCCUUCAUAUGGUUAUCCUCAGUUGGAGCACAUGAAUUUGACUUUCUGCACAUCUGCCUGUGUUCUUUGUUCAGUGCCAGAGAGAACACAAGUGUUGAACCUUUUCGCAGUUAAAAGCUAAUAAACCUAGUGUUCCUAGGCCAGCGCCUGGCACUGCAGCACUGUGCGUGCCUGGCUUUCAGUUCUGCCUUGGAGGAGGCUUGCUGGCUAUGAGCUCGGGGCUCUCUCGGAGGGAGGGGUAAGAUGAGUAUUUCUUAGCCUAGCCAGUUGGUCCAUGCUUAGAGUGAUGGAUGGGUGCAGUGUGGGAACACUGGCCUCUGUUGGGCUCCUGAGUAGUCAUUUUAGGGGUGGCUCGAGAAUUGUGUGAAACUGACUAGACUUGGGGCGGCCGCCCCUUAUGAUCUCGGAUGUCUUGUCCGUGUCAAAGCUCGCCUUGCUUCUUUACUUGGAAUCUAGAAAAUGCUCCUGUUCAGACUCAAGUUGCAUUUGGUCUGUCACCCCUGGCUUCCAGGGGCAUGUGGCAAUGUGACUGUUCAUUGUUCUUGUCUUUCUUUUUUGAUGUUGGGCUAAUUUAUUUAACUCACAAUAAAGUUAAUCCUCACUUCUUUGGGAAAGUCAAGACUAACAUAUUAGCUGCUUUCAGAACCAUUUUCAUGAAAACAAGUGCAUUGUUCCACUGGCUUUUGGAGCCACAGACCUCUGUAGGCAGUUGAUGGCUUUUAGAAGUCAGGUUUCAGAGCAAAUAACAACUACCCGGAGUUACUGAAGUUGUCUUUAGUGUUGGCUGUGAGCAUGUGGGUGUCAAACGUUAGGAAGUGGGGUACCUUUCUGUGAGUAUGUUAGAGGGAGCAAGGGAGGAAAAUGUGUGUGUGUGUGUGUGUGUGUGUGUGUGUGUGUGUGUGAGAGAGAGAGAGAGAGAGAGAGAGAGAGAGAGAGAGAGCGAGCGCGAGCACAUGCUGUUGGAGUUGACGCUUUUACUUUCAAUACGAGCACACUGGUUAAAUGCCCAGAUGCCAGGGCCAGAGUACUUGGAUCUGAGUACUGGCUUUGCUACUUCCUAAUUACGGCGGGGCUUUGGGCAAGUUACUGAGUCUCUCUGUUUCCUCGUUUCACUGUCUACCAAGUGGGCACAACUAUGGGAGCUGCCAUUGAGGCCGGCUGCUCUAACGCUCCACAGUAUUAAUUUGUAUAAAUUUGUUUGGAACAGAGCCUGUGCGUGCAUAACCAGGCUUUAGUCGUCAUUUCUAGCAGCAGUUAGCAGUUGCGCGAAACUAGAAAAAGAGGAAACUGCUAAUUGUUAAGCCGGGCCAUGCGUAUAAAAUGCUUUAGGAAUGAUGUCUAGUCCUGCGGGUUUAUGUUACUAGUUUAGGGAGUUGUCUAUGUGAAAAUUCUAUAUGAUGUCUUAAAUGUCACUUGGACGUCUUGUUUAUGUAGUUACACUUGGCGUCAUGCAUUCCAUUAGUAGGUUAGGUCAGUUAAGGAAUCUUGGCAGGCUCCACACAGGGCUGCAGAGGUCACCUCAGGUUACCUCCGCUGAAGCCAGUGGGGAAGGAGUGCAGGCAGGGCUGUGUGUAGCCGUGUUUUAUGGGCCAGCUCUGGCAGUGACACUCAUCACUUCCGUCCCCAGCAGGAAGGAGAGCGAGCAGGAGUUGCUCUCCUCAGCAUCUUCCUCGGGAGUCUACAGAGAUGGCAAAGCUAGGGAAGCUUCUCCUCCAGACCCCAAACUGAAACUGCACAACUGUUCCACUGGGUGCUUAUGAAAUGCAGUCGUAUAGCAGCGUCCAAAGAUGACACAUUUUAUGCAAAAAGUGACUACAUUGGAUAAUAAUCUAAACUGAGGCUCCUCGAGGAGCUUGAAGACACUUGGCUUCCUUACCUGACCCCCAAAGAUGACGAGUUCUAUCAGCAGUGGCAGCUGAAAUAUCCUAAACUGGUUUUCCGAGAGGCUGGCAGCAUACCCGAGGAGCUGCACAAAGAGGUCCCCGAGGCCUUUCUCACACUGCACAAGCAUGGCUGCUUGUUUCGGGACCUGGUGAGGAUCCAAGGCAAAGACGUGCUCACCCCGGUGUCUCGCAUCCUCAUUGGGGACCCCGGCUGCACCUACAAGUACUUGAACACCAGGCUCUUCACCGUGCCCUGGCCAGUGAAGGGCUGCACCAUCAAUUACACAGAGGCCGAGAUUGCCGCCGCAUGUCAGACCUUCCUCAAGCUCAAUGACUACCUACAGGUCGAGACCAUCCAGGCCUUGGAAGAACUGGCUAUCAAAGAGAAGGCCAAUGAAGACGCUGUGCCGUUGUGCAUGGCAGAGUUCCCCAGGGCUGGCGUGGGACCGUCCUGCGAUGAUGAAGUGGACCUUAAGAGCAGAGCAGCCUACAACGUGACUUUGCUAAACUUCAUGGAUCCUCAGAAAAUGCCGUACUUGAAAGAGGAGCCCUAUUUCGGCAUGGGGAAGAUGGCGGUGAGCUGGCACCAUGACGAGAACUUGGUGGACAGGUCAGCCGUGGCGGUGUACAGCUAUAGCUGUGAAGGCUCCGAGGAUGAAAGCGAUGACGAGUCCAGCUUCGAAGGCAGAGAUCCCGAUACGUGGCAUGUUGGUUUUAAGAUCUCAUGGGACAUCGAGACGCCAGGCUUGACAAUUCCUCUUCACCAGGGAGACUGCUAUUUCAUGCUGGAUGACCUCAAUGCCACCCACCAGCACUGUGUUUUGGCUGGCUCACAGCCUCGGUUUAGCUCCACCCACCGCGUGGCAGAGUGCUCAACAGGCACCUUGGAUUAUAUCUUACAACGCUGCCAGUUGGCACUGCAGAAUGUUCUCAAUGACUCGGACAAUGGCGACGUCUCGCUGAAGUCCUUCGAGCCUGCAGUUCUGAAACAAGGAGAAGAGAUCCACAACGAGGUCGAGUUUGAGUGGCUGAGGCAGUUCUGGUUUCAAGGAAAUCGAUACAAAAUUUGCACUGAUUGGUGGUGUGAGCCCAUGACUCAGCUGGAGGGGCUGUGGAAGAAGAUGGAGAGUGUGACAAAUGCCGUGCUUCGUGAAGUUAAGAGAGAGGGGCUCUCCGUGGAACAAAGGAGUGAAAUUCUGUCUGCCGUCCUGAUCCCACUCACCAUGCGCCAGAAUCUGAGGAAAGAAUGGCACGCCAGGUGCCAGGCCCGAGUUGUCCGAACUCUACCAGCACAGCAGAAACCAGACUGCCGGCCAUAUUGGGAGAAGGAUGACCCUUCUAUGCCUCUGCCCUUUGACCUCACAGAUGUGGUCUCUGAGAUCAGAAGCCAGCUUCUGGAAGCAAGAUCCUAGAGGAUGCACCAGUCCUAGGUGGAGAAGGAAAAGAUGUCCUUGGCUUUUCUCCCCAGUCCUUGGACAAGAGUAGUGUAGACUCCUCUCAACCCAGAGGUUAUAGGACCUGGAUUCCAAUUCAAAACAGCUAGAGAAUAGAGCCCACAGGUACUGAAAUGUUGAAAAGUUACUGUGUUUUAGUCUGAUUUGGUAUUAAAUUAGUACACCCCCCCCCCAAAUAUUCUUCACUCAUUUUUUCCCCCUUGGGAGCUCCUUUGUCCCCAAGGCAGCAACAAGGAUGAGCUAAGCCUGUGACAAGCCUCACCUGCUUUCCACUUUGGCUAGCCACCUCAGAGACUGGAAGUAGACCUAGCCAUGGGAUGACAGAACUAGAGCCAUCCUCCCGCUUCUCACCAUGGCUUCUAGUGGUCAGAUCAUCCAAGAUGGCAGCCAGUGGCUCACCGUGGCUGCACAGACAUAAAUUCAGCUCGAUUGCAGUUAAAGCUCCUUUCUUCAGUUGUAUCCCGGCAUGUGCUGGUGACUGCUGAUUUAGAUAACAUAUACAGAUGUUUUCGUGCUUCACGUUUAUGAGCCAGCAUUCAUUCUUCCAGUUUUCUGUAGCGGCUAAAACAUGGAAGAAAGCAAUGAAACACAAUCCUCAGAGGGACGGGCUGUGAGCCCUGUGCACCUUGCACAGGAAGAAGAAGGAGCUACAAAGGAAACAGCCACAUCCUGUCUUUAUGGGGCUUCCCUGACCCAGUGACAAAGGCCAGCCCUGGGGACACUGUUGUGUAGUUAGUGUUUCUCCCAGAAUUCCCCACUCACAGGUGCUGACAGGUAGCAUGGGGGCUUGAAGGACCCCAUUCUGAGCCCAGCGAUGCCAGAACACCAGAGAGGCCGUGGAGAGAUGUCACUCUGUGACCUUUGCAUGUCCUUGGGUUUCAGUUUUCUCGUCUGUAUAGUGGGAAGUGCCAAAAAUACCAACUCCUAACAUGAGGACGGUGUGGUAGGGCCUAGAGCAGUUUCUAGCAUACGGCUAAGUAUCUGAUACGUACCAGUCCUGGAAGAAGCCACCUUCCUCCCCAACUCUGCAGUCCUUUGCUGUCUGGGUCUCUGCUGACCUGAGGCCUUUUAGUGGCCGAAAGAUUGACAGCAGUUAGCCCCUUCCCUCAGCCCAGGACUUUCCUGUAUUGGCCGAGACCCUCUGCACAAAACAGUAGUGGUUUUGCUGUGGCCAGGAUUUCAUUUAAGGUGCCUUCCUGCCUAGAGUUAGCCACAGAAGCUGCACUCCACAAGCAGCUAGGAUUUCCUGGUGCAGGGACCCAAGUCUCUCAGACCUCGAUUCGCUCCCUUCACUCUCUGAGCCAGGACUCCCUCAUCAGUAGAGAGGUGAGGUACAUUCUCACAGGGUAAGACCUAAGUAGUGGAAUGAUCUAAGUAAGAGUAUAGGUGGCUUCAGAUGUCACAGGCUAGCCCAUCACCCCCAUCUCCAGCCGUCUGGCUCUGGUUUAUUAGACCCCGUGAUAUUUCUUUGUUCUACUUCAUUGGGAACCAAAAUUAAAAAUUGGGAGAUUCCACAUAAAAUAAAAGUGUCCGCGUUCUCUUUAGAAGCCAGGAUACCCGUGAACCCCUGGGUCUCCAUAACUGCAUGGCAGUGGCUUGGCAGUGUCUGUGACCUCUGUGCUUUGCUUGUGACCCUGCUGCUCCCUGUCACCAUUUUGUAAAGCUGCGCCCCGGCAGUGCUUUCCAGACCUGCUCGCCCACACCCUGUAGUAGAAAGCGGUAGCUUCGAGUCUCAGUCCGUGUUCCUCCCACUGAACUGUGUUCAUGGUCUGCCCUGUGCAUCCGUUCAUACACAAUAAAGAGUUAAACGCUGAGAAGCCAAA